AUGAUAAUAACUGAUGGCAAUUAUGAUAUUGCGUGGAAUUCACUUCAUGACAGAUUCAUGAACCAGCCAGUAGUUCAACAACAAUCAUCAUCGUCCCUUCGCCAACUUGUUGAUGUAUCACAGGAAUGCAUCAGAUCCCUGGACGUCCUAAAACUCCCCACAGAUCAAUGGGACGCCCUACUCUUAUUCAUCAUUUUAUCAAAAAUGGAUUCGACAUCCAAGGAGUUGUGGGAGCAGUCGUUGAAGGACAGCUCCAUUCUCAAACUCAAAUCUCUCUUCGACUUCCUCGAGCAGCGUGCCCGAGCCCUCGCCGCAAGUGGUACGGAAGCCACGCCCAGUAAGACCUACAACAAAAAGUCUGGGAAUGUAGCAAAUCGACCCGUCAACCCCCAACCACAGCAGCAUAACCCCACGGCAGCAUCGGUCCCAGCCCCAGCCCGUGUCAACUUCACAUCGAUUCCCCAGCCAGUUGCAAACGAGUUUGAUACUCUGCUGGCUACCGCAUUGGUUCAAGUAGCUGAUCGCCAUGGUCAGUACCACACAUUUCGAGUACUUGCCGACAACGGAAGUAAUACAAAUUACAUCACGGACUCCUGCAUCAAACGGAUCGGAGCUCCAUUGAGACGUUGCCACACCUCCGCCACUGGGUUGGGAGGAACAUACGUCGCGAACGCCACAGGAAUCACGCAGUUCACUGUGAGUUCACAUCUUGAUUCAACCGUAACUCAUUUCAUCUCCAGGUGUCUCGUCACGAGCAAAAUCAUAGAAAAACUGCCAACUUCGUAUUUCGAUCACACCAAGUGGUUUCAUCUGCAAGGGUUGCAACUAGCCUACCCCCUCUACUACAAACCUUUAGAUGUGGACAUGCUCUUAGGCGCUGAAUUCUUCUUCGCUAUAUUGGAGUGCGGAAAAAUAAGUGGACCCCCCAACAGCCCCGUCGCUAUCAAAACCAGCUUCGGUUGGUUGAUUGGUGGUGGUUCAUCCGAAAUCCCACUUAUCCAGCCCAGAGUUAAUGCCACACUCGCUCAAUCUUCGUCGUCGACAACAACAACAAUUGGCUGUGAUCCCACUGACGAGAACCUAGACGCAACGCUACGCAAGUUUUGGGAAAUGGACAGUGAACCAUCUCAUCGACUCCCAACCCAAGAAGAAACGACAAUUGAAUCCCACUUCAAAUCUACAUAUACCCGCGACCAUGCAGGUAGAUUUACGGUUCAGCUCCCAUUCAAGUCACCACGACCCAAACUCGGCUCAUCACUCAACAUUGCAAUGAAGAGACUUCUGUUGCUUGAGCGAAGACUUCAUUCAAAUCCAGAUGCCCGAAGUCCCUCAUCGGGUGUCUCUCUGAAUGACGGAUUAAUGGUUGGUCCAAAUAUUCAGGAUUCACUUGUCGAUAUUCUCUCUCGUUUCAGACUCCAUAAGAUUGCAUUCACGGCUGACAUUAAGAAGAUGUACCGACAAAUAAGAGUGACCCCUGAGGACUCGAAUUUGCAACGGAUCUUAUGGCGAGACGACCCGUCCAAACCGGUGAAGCAUUACAACCUUCAAACGGUAACCUACGGCACAGCUUCAGCCCCAUACUUGGCUACUCGUGUGCUGGAGGAAACAGCAGUCGUCAAUGAGCAACAAUUCCCUCAAGCCGCGGAAGUCGCAGGCAGGGAUUUUUAUGUAGACGAUUUGAUUUCAGGCGAACCCACCGUCCCAGAAGCAUUCCAAACUCAACAAGAACUACUCAGCCUCACAAAGGAUGCAGGUUUUGAGUUGUGUAAGUGGUCAUCCAAUUCUCAGUACGUUUUGGAUGCAUUUUCCCCAGAAAUGAGAGAAACAAGUUCCCUCCUCUCAUUCGACCAAGAUUCCAGCAUCAAGACAUUGGGAAUUUGUUGGAACCCGAAGACAGAUCAGUUUCUUUUCCGCAUUAGUCCUCAAGAGCCCACCACUACACCAAUGACCAAGAGAAUCAUCUUGUCCCAAAUCGCUCGUCUCUUCGAUCCCGUAGGCUGGUUGGCCCCCAUCAUCAUCAACGCAAAAAUCCUUAUGCAGUCCUUGUGGAAGUUAAAGCAUGGUUGGGAUGAACCACUUCCACUAGAAAUUCAAAAUCAAUGGACAAUUCUUCGCUCGAAUAUGGAAGCUUACGCCGCUGCUGUGUACUUGUGUGUGUACGACGGUCAGUCCAGCUCAUCAUCCCUCAUCACUUCAAAAUCCCGUGUGGCUCCUGUCAAGACCGUGUCACUUCCGCGUUUGGAGCUCUGUGGAGCUGAACUUUUGGCUGAACUCCUGAUAUGGAAGACCUUUGUCGCCAAUCGGGUCACCAAGAUCCAGGAGAGGGUCCCUCCCACCAUGUGGAGUCACGUUAGAGGAGAAGAAAAUCCUGCUGAUUGCCUAUCCAGAGGAAUCACAUGCGAUGAGCUUAUCAAUCACGAGCUUUGGUGGCAUGGGCCACCCUGGCUAAGGAAUCAAAUUCCAAUCCCCACAACCCAUCAUCCACAAGACUCAUCAGAAGCAAUUGCAGAGCAGAAGCAAGCAAGCUCACUCCACACCAUUGUCAAAACUGAUCAAUUGCUACUUGAACGGUAUUCAUCAUUUCCAAAACUACUUCGAGUAACUGCUUACGUAUUUCGAUUCAUCAAGAAUCUCAAAGGUCACAAAUACACCCCGUCUCCAUUAUUCACCGGCGGACUCCCUGCCAUUAGUGACACCACGAACCUUAGUCCUCUCAUCACAACCACUGAAGUUACUUACUCUCCUCUCAGCCCAGAUGAGAUCAAUUGCGCCAAGCUAUAUUGGAUAAGGCUCGUUCAGCAACAAGAAUUUCCAAGGGAGAUUCAUGCCCUCCAAGCAGGGCAACCUGUAAACUCUAAGAGCAAAAUUGUUUCGUUCUGUCCUUUCCUAGAUUCUGGCGGUGUGCUGAAGGUUGAAGGCCGACUCAACCAUUCGGAUCUUCCUGCAAGCCAGAAGCAUCCAAUUCUCCUCACAUCCCACAAUCCAAUUACUCAUCUUCUCAUCAACCAUGAACACAUUAUCAAUUUCCAUGCGGGUCCCCAGCUUUUAAUGUCCACUCUGCAGCGACAAUACUGGAUCCUGCGACUGAAGGAUGCCGUCCGACGCGAAAUAGGAAAAUGUGUGACCUGCACCAAACUCAGAGCGAAAACCAUGCAACAAUUGAUGGGAGAUUUGCCCUCAUUCCGUGUUAUCCCUGCCAGAGCAUUUCUCAAAACCGGAAUCGACUACGCCGGCCCAUUCCUUCUUCGACCCAUUCAGUCCCGCAGCAAGACAACAAUCAAGGCAUAUUUGGCUGUCUUCGUUUGUUGUACCACUCGAGCCCUACAUCUUGAAGUGGUCAGCAGCCUCUCCACCGACGCUUUCCUUGCUGCACUUCGAAGAUUCAUCUCCCGCAGAGGCCGACCCACAGACCUCUACAGUGACUGCGGCACAAACUUUGUUGUUGCAAAUCACGAGAUGAAGGAUUUUCUCAAACUGGUCAUGUCUCGCCCCCACAACCAAGCCAUAUCCGACCAUUUAUCCAAGGAUGGGAUUGAUUGGCAUUUCAAUCCCCCAGCUUUCCCCCACUUUGGCGGACUCUGGGAGGCCGGAGGCAAAUCCGUAAAGUUCCAUCUCCGUCGCAUCAUGGGAACUCAACGACUUACGUUCGAAGAAAUGACCACAAUCACAUCCCAAAUCGAAUCAAUCUUGAACUCGCGCCCAUUGACCCCAGAAAGCAAUAAUCCCGAUGAUUACAACGCCUUGACCCCAGGACACUUCUUGAUUGGAGCCCCACUUAACUCAAUCCCCGAACCCACACUAGAAGAUGUUAAAAUUUCCCGUUUAUCACGCUGGCAACUUCUCCAGCAAAUGGUCCAAUCGUUUUGGAAGAGGUGGUCCAACGAGUACCUCACUCGUCUACAACAACGCCCAAAAUGGAUGUCUAAGUCCCCCAACAUUUCAAUCGGUGCCAUGGUGGUUAUCAAAGAUGAAACACAACCACCACUAAAAUGGAAGCUAGGACGGAUCGAAUCUCUUCAUCCUGGUCCCGACGCCAUCGUCCGUGUGGUAACAGUCCGCACUUCAACAGGCACAUUCAAACGCCCAAUUGUGAAGCUGUGUCUGCUCCCCAUCGACAACUCUACUCCAACGCCUACCAUCCCGUCAACUUCUACUUAA